AUGCCUCUGGGCGUGGUGCUCUUCACGGUGUUGGCCAUUGUGCGAUGCGCGCUCGGUACUUACACCGACCCCAGCGUUCUCGAUGCGUGUCCUGGGUACCACGCGACCAACGUCGCUACGUCGGGCCCAAACCUGACCGCGAGCCUUGCGCUAGCUGGUGAAGCGUGCAAUGUCUAUGGUUCGGAUAUCCAGACUCUUAGCCUGCAGGUGACAUACGAGACCACAACGCGCAUUCACGUCAAAAUCACAGACGCUGAUGAGACGCGUUACGAGGUCCCUGAAUCUGUGCUGCCCCGACCGUUGGCAGACCCUUCAGUCGACCCAUCCACCGCUGCGAUUCAAUUCAACUACACCGCCUCGCCGUUCUCGUUCACCAUAUAUCGGAUGUCCACCGGGGAAGCACUCUUCAGUACAGCCUCCCAUGCGUUGAUCUUCGAGUCACAGUACCUGCGCGUGAAAACGGACUUACCGAAGGACCCAAACUUGUACGGCCUUGGAGAGCACACGGAGACGUUCCGUCUUCCAACGGAGAAUCUCACUCGGACGCUCUGGAGUCGCGACGCGUAUGGCGUAGGCAAUGGCACAAACCUCUAUGGCAACCACCCAAUCUACUUCGAGCACCGCCUGAGCGGCACGCAUGGCGUGUUCCUCCUUAACUCUAACGGCAUGGAUAUCAAGGUCGUCACGAAUGACGAGGGAUCUAGUCUUGAGUACGAUGUGAUCGGCGGUGUUCUCGACUUAUACUUCCUCGCGGGCAGCGAGAUCGACCCAACAGAGGUGACGAGGCAGUACGCUGAAGUCGUUGGCACACCCGCCGAGGUACCAUACUGGAGCUUUGGAUUCCACCAAUGUCGCUACGGAUACACGGACUAUGUCGAGGUUGCGAACGUGAUCGUCAAUUACUCGAACGCCGACAUUCCACUUGAGACGAUGUGGACAGACAUUGACUAUAUGUACAACCGUCGGAUAUUCACCGUGGACCCGGACUACUUCCCAAUAACUCGGAUGCGCGAGAUCGUCAAUUACCUACACGAUCAUGAUCAGCACUACGUCCUCAUGACGGAUCCGGCCAUUGCGUACGCGCCGAACGAGAAUUACAGCACAUUCGAUCGCGGAAGCGCCGCGGACGUGUGGCUGAAAGCAGAAAAUGGCAGCUACUUCCUGGGCGUCGUAUGGCCUGGUGUAACGGUCUUCCCCGAUUGGUUCAACCCCGAUAUCCAAGAUUUCUGGACGAACGAAUUCCAGCUUUUCUACAACCCUGAGUAUGGAAUUGACAUUGACGGUGCCUGGAUCGACAUGAACGAGCCAUCCAGCUUCUGCGACGUACCCUGCACGGACCCCUUCCAACAGGCAAUCGAGAAUGAUGAUCCCCCCGCGCGCACGACGCUUCCACCCGCGCCGAAUACUCCCAUUUUCGGAGACGAGUACAGAAAGAGGGCGCUAUCGAAGAGGGAAUAUACAGGGCCAGAGAAUUUGUUGAACCCGCCGUACAUGAUUAACAACGCUGCAGGUGACUUGUCGAACCGCACGUCCUACACGACCGCAACUCAUGCGAACGGUAUGGUUGAGUACAAUACCCACAAUCUCUUUGGGACCAUGAUGUCCACGGCGACGCACAAUGCCAUGCUCGCCCGACGCCCGGGUCUGCGCACGCUCGUUGUGACGCGAAGCACGUUUGCGGGCGCAGGCACGAAGGUGCAGAAGUGGCUGGGCGACAAUCUCAGCGACUGGGAGCACUACCGUAACUCGAUCUCGGGAAUUCUGAGCAUGGCGAGCGUGUUCCACGUCCCGAUGGCUGGUGCAGAUAUUUGCGGCUACGGCGACGAUACGACCGAGACUUUGUGUGCGAGAUGGGCCACCCUCGGAGCAUUCUACCCGUUCAUGCGUAAUCAUAAUACAAUCGGAACCAUCGACCAAGAGUUCUACCGCUGGCCGACUGUUGCACAGGCGGCCAGGAGUGCGAUUGAUAUGAGGUACCGUCUCAUCGAUUACAUUUAUACCGCCUUCCACCAGGCCUCGGUUGACGGCACCCCCAUCCUCAACCCCCUCUUCUACAAGUACCCUCAGGAUUCUAACACCUUUGGAAUUGACCUCCAGUUCCUCUUCGGACCAUCCAUUCUCGUCUCGCCUGUCACGGAGGAGAACGCGACUUCGGUCUCGAUGUACCUGCCUGAUGAUAUCUUCUACGACUUCAACACAUUCCAGCCAGUCCGCGGCAACGGAAGCUACGUAGAUCUCGAGGUCAACCUGACGAGCAUCCCAGUACACAUCCGUGGCGGUGUGAUCCUACCCCUCCGAGCUCAGAGCGCGAUGACCACCACUGCGCUGAGGCAGCAGGACUUCGAGAUCGUCAUCGCCCCAGGGCUGGACGGCUCUGCUUCAGGCUCGCUGUACUUGGACGACGGUGUCUCCAUUACGCCUAACGCGACGACGGAGGUCAGCGUGACGUACGACAACGGCGCGGUCACGAUCAACGGUACCUAUGGGUAUAAUCCCGGUGUCGGCAUCUCGAGGAUUGUACUACUGAACGUGGACGAGCCGACUAGUGCAGCGCUGAACGGUCGGGACUUGACAGACUCGGUAUCCUACGACCCCAGCACUAAGGUCUUGGAAAUCACGGUCGACCUGCCAUUCAACCAAAAUGUUUCGGUGCAGAUUGCAUGA